GCAUGUUCAAGGUUACGGGGUGAGAUAGCAAGUGGAGCCACACCUAGUUCAUGCUUCAAAUGUGGUGAAGAAGGACAUUUUGCCCGGGAGUGCACAAGUUCUAUCAAGGCAGGGAAGAGGAAUUACGAAUCAUCAAACACAAAAGAUAAAAGACCCCAAAAAGAAAAUGAUUACAUGGGAAAUAGAUCUGCACCUAAUGAUGUACGUCACAGAAAGAAACGGUCUUCUACAGAAGAGAGAGGCUUUUCAACACCCAAGAAAUCAAAGAGUAGAGGGGGCUGGAUGGUGGAGCAUCCUGCAGAAGAAAAGGACUAUACAUCUCCCAAGAAAUCUAAGCAUAGAGGUGGCUGGACAUCGGAGCAUCCUCCGGAACAAAGAGGCUAUACGACUCCCAUGAAAUCCAAGAGUAGAGGUGGAUGGAAGACAGAGCAUCCUGAAGAAUUCUUUCCUCCCAUGUCCACACGUAGCAGUUUUAGGUCUUCAGGGACACCAUCUUCUAUAAGCACCAGAAUUCAUUCUUUUGGUAAUGGAAGUCAUACUCCAAGUUAUAAAUCUUCCAAGAGAUGGAAUGGUUAUACUGGAACCCCAUUUUCCCAAGAAGCUUCAGCCAGGUCAAAUCAUAGAUAUUCAGCAUCAAGGUUUGGCAACUCUAGUAGUGAUGGGCAUGGCAGAAAUUACAACUGGUGGUAGUAGCGAUCAUGAAAUCUGGAUUAUGUUCUCGAUAAUUCCCCGUGUAAACUUGUAAAACAACACCUGCAAGUUUUCUAAAUUAAUAUUCAAUGAUACUGUUGUGAAUUUUUCAAAUUUAUGGAUCUGUGUUAAGGGUAUGCAAUUUCCCCUUUGAACUUCAUUUUCGUUUGUAUCCACUACCUUGAAUAUCUUUCUAGUCAAGGGGAACAGUAAGCUAUUGUUUGAACUUA